AGUUCCGGGCCGGGUCGGGGCGCGGGCUGCGGGCGGCCCCGGGGCUCGGAGCCCGGAGCGGAGCCCAGGCCGGGCCGCGCGGCGCCAUGAAGGGCAAGGAGGAGAAGGAGGGCGGCGGCCGGCUGGGCGGCGGCAGCCCCGACAAGAGCCCGAGCGCGCAGGAGCUCAAGGAGCAGGGCAACCGUCUGUUCGUGGGACGCAAGUACCCGGAGGCGGCGGCCUGUUACGGGCGCGCCAUCACGCGGAACCCGCUGGUGGCCGUGUACUACACCAACCGCGCGCUCUGCUACCUCAAGAUGCAGCAGCCGGAGCCGGCGCUGGCCGACUGCCGGCGCGCGCUGGAGCUGGACGCGCAGUCGGUGAAGGCGCACUUCUUCCUGGGCCAGUGCCAGCUGGAGAUGGAGAGCUACGACGAAGCCAUCGCCAACCUGCAGCGAGCCUACAGUCUCGCCAAGGAGCAGCGCCUUAACUUUGGUGACGACAUCCCCAGCGCCCUGCGCGUCGCCAAGAAGAAGCGCUGGAACAGCAUCGAGGAGCGUCGCGUGCAGCAGGAAAGCGAGCUGCACGCCUACCUGGCCAGGCUCAUUGCGGCCGAGCGUGACAGGGAGCUGCAGGAGUGCCAGCGCAACCACGAAGGCGAUGACGACGAGGGCCAUGUCCGCGCCCAGCAGGCCUGCAUCGAGGCCAAGCACGACAAAUACAUGGCUGACAUGGAGGAGCUGUUCUCCCAAGUGGACGAGAAGCGGAAGAAGCGCGACAUCCCAGACUAUCUGUGUGGCAAGAUCAGCUUUGAGCUGAUGCGGGAGCCCUGCAUCACGCCCAGCGGCAUCACCUACGACCGCAAGGACAUUGAGGAGCACCUGCAGCGUGUGGGCCACUUUGACCCAGUAACCCGGAGCCCCCUGACCCAGGAGCAGCUCAUCCCCAACCUGGCCAUGAAGGAGGUCAUCGAUGCCUUCAUCUCGGAGAAUGGCUGGGUGGAGGACUACUGAGCCGCCCCCCAAGCCUGCUGCUGCUGCUGCUGGGGCCUGG